AUGGCGUUUCUAAGCAACUCUUCGGCGUUUGGCAUGAAACCCGCUACGACCAGUAACACCAAUACUGGGUCAAUCUUUGGACAACCACAACAACCACAACAACAACCUGCGACAUCCAUUUUCGGCACUCCACCAACUCAACCCCAGCAACAGCAACAACAACCAGCCAGUUUAUUUAGCGUGCCGCCGAAUCAACAGACGGGUGGAUUGUUCGGACAACAACAGCCACAGCAGCAGCAACAGCCCGCAACCACAAAUUUGUUUGGCCAGCCCCAACAACAACAACCCGCUGCCACUACCAAUCUAUUUGGCCAGCCCCAACAGCAGCAGCAGCAACCAGCGACGGGAGCGACUGGUUUAUUUGGACAACCUGCUCAACAACAACAACAACAACAACAGCCUGCUACGAACAUUUUUGGACAAACUCAGCAGCAGCAGCCGUCCACCAAUAUCUUUGGACAGCAGCAGCAACAACAACCUGCUCAACCCGCUACGAAUAUUUUUGGUCAACCUCAGCAGCAGCAACAACAAACCCAACCACAAACAUCGAACCUGUUUGGAGGAAGUCUCUUCGGAAACACCGCGAACCAACAACAACAGAACGCGACUCCCAAUCCCCUCGCCGCACAAGGAACUUUACCUGCAAGUGCAUUCGGUGCGCCUUCAACGACUACUGGAACGGGUGGGGCGUUUGGUGGAUUUGGUACGGGUGCUGGGUCGUCGCUUUUUGGUGCAAAAUCACAGCAACCACAACAAUCGACGUUUAAUAACCAAAACCAAGUUGCAACUCUCGCCAACAAUUCCAAUAAUGGAGUGCCACCGUUUACAAAAUCCACCAAAUUCAAUGAUCUUCCAGAUUUCAUCCAACAAAAGCUGGAACAAAUCGAGACGCAUAUACAAGGCCGGGUACAAAUAUGUAAAGACCUCCAACAGCGUAAGCUGGGUGACGAGCCAACCAAAAGUCACGACGCUAUCCGGAAUCUGAAAAAAGAAUUGAUUAGCACCGCUACAACCAUUCGAAACGAUCUCCAUCUUAGUAAAGACCUCAAAGCUAAAGUUGAUCAAGCGGUAGAAGACACGAUUGUUGCAACCCACAUCAUUGAUGGAUUCAAGAAUCCGCAGAGCGGUAACACUUACUUGAAAGACCAUGCCUCGUUCCCUCUCGAAUAUUUCACGCGUGUGACAGAUCAGAUGAAAGAGAGGCUAACAUGGUAUAAGUCAACCAUUGAGCAAAUUGAAAGAAAGCUAGCUUCCGCAUCAGGUUCCAGCCAAACGCCCCAAAGCAUAUCAGCGACACUCCAAGCUCAACACUCGACGUUCCUUGCUCUUGCCAGCAAAACGGCAGCUGUCGACGCAGAGCUCCAAAAGAUCAAGGUGUACUACACGCAACUAUGGCGUAGCAAGACCGGGAGUGUUCGUGAUCCCUUCAACGACGUUGUCAAGUCAGGUACCGGGGCUGGCAACGAUUUUGGAUUGAGUGGUUUGAAUGUUCGAUAA